UCAAUCACUGACAACACUGAUGUCAAGGCCCUGCGCUGUCUUUAAAAAAAUGUGUAAACGGGGUGUGGCCCUGCACGUCUCUACCGGCGACGACCACAAGCUAGCUUGGUAGCUUUAAAGUAUUUCGGCGUUUCAGGAAGCUGGGGUAUCGGCGCUCGCCAGCAGGAGUAGUAAGCCUUCAACGAAUUCUGCACUGCUGCUGUGGCCAUCCUUACGCACGCGAUCAAGGAUACCAUUAUAUCAGCUAACGGUACCAGCAGCCCUGAGCCGUGGCGAGGUGCGGCUCUACUAAUUUAGUCUAUCCGCCGAGUGUGCGCGACUCUGGUGCGGGCUCAUCGGGAACUGCAUCCAAACAGGCGAUGCUAGACACUUUCGACAGCCUUGUGGCAGGCCUGCCGAUGCUCCUCGACACGGACGAUGGCCCCAGUUUAGAGGACCUGCUGACCGGAGCCAGCUCCGCGCCGCAAUUGCGGACCAGGCAGGAGGCCGCAGAAAAGAUGAUACUGGGGACGUCUGAUCUCUUUCUGGACUCAGUUCCUGACCUAUGGAUGGCAGACGGCGCCGGCGACAGCGCCGGCGGCUGCGGCAACGGCGGACUGCUGGACGGCGGCGGCCUUCAGCGCAGCCAGCAACAGCAGACCCACAGGACCCUGCUGCCUGCUGCGGCAGAGGAGAGCCGCGUCUGCUCCGGCGCCGCCACCCCGCCUGCUGCCGCUAUCGCGGCGCCUUCGGAGGCGCUAGGGUCGCACGUGCCGGGUGGAGAGAGCAACGCCGCCGCAUUCUCACGCGGCCAAGGGCUGCGGCUACAGCAGCAGCAGGCUGCAGGCCCGGCUGCGGGCAUCGCGGGAGGCGCUGCCGCCACCGCAUGCGGCCUCGGCGCGGCGUUGGAUGCCGCGAGCAGUAGGAUGCGCAUCGUCUCGUCAUCAUCCCAGGCCCUGUUUCACUCCACGGCCUCGCCGGCAGUGUGUUUGGAUCGCAGCGCCUCAUCAACUGCCAGCGCUGGCGCGGCGGCGCCCGCUGCGCCGGCUCCGCCGGUGACGCCCGCAGCGGCCGCCAUCGCCCGCCUCAUGAGCUACACCCAGCCGCCACCACCGGCGCCGGCACAUGCAGCGGGUCCUGUGAGGAUUGCUGCUGGCAGCAGCCGCGCUGCGUUGCUGCUGUCGCCCCGCGCAGUGGCGGAGAUGCCGGCCCGGUACGACGGCUGCUUAAGCGUGCCGCCGGCCACCUUCUCCUCCACCACCAGUUGGAAUCCCUGGCGGCCGAUACCGACCCCGGCGGAGGUGCUGGCGGCGGCGACCGCGGCGGCUGCUGAUGGCGGCGGCGGCCUGGCCCCGACCCGCUUUGGCGACUGCCUCUUCGGCCGGGCCGCCGGCGCGCACUGCAUCUCGGACCCCGUCGCAAUGCCAUCCCUGCGCAUUGCAAGCAGCGCUGAAGUGAGCGCCCUUAAAGCUAACGGCGCGGGCUUCCAGCAUGCGUAUCCCGGCGGCGGCGGCUUCGGUGGCGGCAGCGCGCUCGCCACUGCCAGCAGCUGGCACGCCUCCUGCAGCGCUAUGUUCCUCGAGCAACAGCAACAGCAGCAGCUGCAGCAAUCCUCGCUACCGCAGCUUCCGGCGGCGGGCUUUGGCGACGGAGAGCUCAGCCACCGCCGGCUGCUGCCCCUGACCGCCGCAAACCCACUCGGGGGCAACAGCAAGCGGCGUCACGACGGCGGCGGCGGCUUCCUGUUACCAGGCCCGGGGCAGCGGCGGGGUGCAGCAGUGGACGGCAUGGAUGACUUCCUGGAUGAUUGGGGCGCUGGCCCCGCCGGCUGCUGGGGCGCCCCCCUCAUCAUGCCGCCGCCGGCCCUGUGUGCGCCGCCCCUGCUGCCUAACGACCAUGGCGGCAAUGAUGGCGGCAAGGGCGCUGCUGGCGGCAGCGGCUCACAAAUCAGCAGCCUGCGCAGCGCCUGGUCCACCGGAGUCCUGCUGCGGCAGCAGGGCAGCGCACCUGCCCACGUGGUGUCGUCGUCGUCCCUGCAGCAGCCCCACGGGUCCCCCGCACCGCCGGUGGCGGCUGCGGCGCUGCAUGUGCACCAGCAGCACGACUGGCAGCAGCGGCUCAUUGCCGUGUCGCCCGCAGCCGUAGCCGCCGCAGAAGCAGCCGGCGGCGACGCUGCCAGCAGCAGUGGACACGGCAGCGGCCUCGGCAACAGCGCCGAGGCUGGGCCCAUGCGGUUGGGACCGAUGCAGCAGCAGCAGCAGCAGCAGCAGGUUGAGCAGCAGUUGCAGCAGCUGCAGCAGCUGCAGUGCGAGUCCCUGUUGCACCGCCGCUGGCUGCCGGAUGGCGGCGGCGGCGGGGCGGCGCCGGCUUCUGGCAGCGGUGCCACGUGCGGCCCAGGCAGCCGGGAGCCGGCCAGGUGGCCGCCGGUGGCUGUCGAGAGCAUCUGCUGCCCGCCCUGCCAGCAGCUGCCAGCAGGCUUCACGCCACCACUCACACCGCCGCUCGACACGAUGGAUAGAGUGCUGACAAGCCUGGAACAAAUUAAGCUGCAGCAGUUUCAGCAGCAAGAGCGGCGGCAGCAGCAGCAGCAGCAGCAGCAGCAGCAGCAGCUGGCGGCAGGGUGGUCGGGUGGCCCCCAGGCGCAGCAGCAGUGGCUGCCGCAGCAGCCGCAGCCACUGGGUCAUCAGGCGCACACCGCCGCCGCGCCGCCGCUGCGAAUUCAGCUAGAGAUGGAGCUGGAGGCACUUGCAGUGCAGGGACCACUGCUGUCUACCCCCCGCGGCGACAACACCACAACUCACAGCGCCCUGGUGGUGGCCCCUCUGCCUCACGACUUCGCCGCUACCUGCCUCCUUGGUCAACAGGGCAUGGGGAGCGCUGCUGAUGAUGCUGGGGGUGCCUGCUGGGUGCGGGGCAGCAGCAGCCGUGUGCCGCUGGACAGCAGCAGCGGCAAGGCCACAUACGAGCCCUCUGCGGGAGCCGCUGCGGCGCUCUCUGCUGCUGUUGCAGCAUUGCCGCCGGCGGCAGCUGGCGGCGCGGCACCGCGCGGCAUCGAGCGGCAGCUGGACCGGCCGGCGCCGUUGGGCCCGCAGCAGCAGCAAGCCGCGCAGCAGCAGGGAGCUGACGCCUGCUGCGGCAGACGCGGCCACCUGAUGGAGCUGAGGGGCAUCGGAGCCAGCGGCACCUACGCGUGCGGCCUGGAGGACCACGUGAUGCCGCUCGAGCUUCAGCAGCAGCAACGGCACUUGCAGCAGCAGCUGCCACGCCCCAUUAAUUCCACUGAUGUGGAAAAGCUGGUGCCGCCGGCGGAUGGCUGCGAGGGCGCCGCGGCGGUACGGCGGGCGGAGGAGCGCCUGCAGCUGCUGAGUUCUGGCGGCGGCCUGAGGGUCCUCCACGGCAGCACCAGCAGUGGGCGCGUCCCGAGCGAGUACUUGAAGCCGGCAGCUGCUGCGGAAAAGCAGGGCGAUGGGGACAGCAGGGCCCUCCCUACGAAAGCCCGCGACGCCGCCGCCUCUGCCGUCGACGCAGGCUUGCCGCGUAAGAAGCGGCCUGGCGCUGGCGACAAGGCCGCGCAGCUGCUGGCUCGUGCCAAGGCGCAGGCCGCAGCAGUGGACUGGCCGCUGCCGUUGCCUGCGGAGGCCAAGAGAAGCGGCCGCAGCACCGGCGCCCCUCGGGUCAAAGAGGAGGACGAGGAUGGGGAGUGGAUGGGCGACGAGGGCCCGCUGGUCGCAGUGGCGCUGCUGGGAGAACAUCCGCUGCAGCAGGAGCCCACACUGGAGCAGCUCAAGCGGUACUACGAGCAGCCCAUCAAGGCGGCCGCCCGCGCGCUGGGCAUCAGCCUGACCUGCUUCAAGGGGGUGUGCCGGCGGCUGGGUGUGCCGCGCUGGCCCGGGCGCAAGUUGCAGACCCUCAAGAAGAUGCGCGACACGCUGCUGCAGGCGGGCGUCGGCGGCGCCGUCACCAUCGAGUGCGCCGGCGGCGCCGUGAUCUCGCCGGCGGAGCAGACUGACCUGAUCGCCAAGAUUGCGCUCAACAUUUCAGACAUCUACGCCGACGCAUGCACGCCCAUGUACCCCGAGUUCACGCGGGUUCGGCAGUUGCAGUACAAGACCAGGUCCGUCGCGCGCCAGGGCCGCCGUGGUGGCGCCAGCGGGGGAGGAGGAGCCGGCAGGAAGGGGGCGGAAGGGAGUGACAGCAGCGAUGGGGAGGGCACGGUCACACGGCGUACGACUGGCGGCGCCGGUGUCGGCAAGCGCGGAGGGGGCGUGGUGAAGCGGCGCCGCCGCUUCUCCGAGCGCUACUCGGUGAGUUCGGAUGAGGAGGCAAGCGAGGCGUCGGAGGAGCCCGAUGCGGGGGAGGUGCCGCAGGAGGAUUGAUGACGGCGGCUCUCGAGGCCAAGACAGCACAUGCGGCGUAAUGGACGCAUGAAUCAUGUGUUGCAGGCAUGACCGCGGUGGCCAAAGGACAACACAUGUGUGACGGAUGGGAAGGUGGAGGAAAUAGACACCGCUUCUUUUAAUGUUCCAGGCACGGAGGCUGCAGCACACACGCGUAGGCACCGUCGCAGGUGCACUGGCGCAACCCGCUUGCGCGCUGGUGUACUUAUUGCAAUUGAAAAUGUUACAUAUGUUGCACAACUUCAUACCUUUCAAGGGUGGUGGGCUGGUUGACAUAGGUUGAGGGUAUGGGUUUGGCGAUGGCACGAACUGAUGGCACGCAGUCUUAUGGAAUGGAACGCAACUGACGCUACCUGAAUGAAUUGCGGCCACGUAAACGCGUCGCAUCAAGCUGAUACUGGAUGUAUAGAAAUGGAACGCAUGGUGGAGAGGACGCUGGAAGAAUGCUGCACGUGAGACGGCAACGGCUGUGUGCCAAAAUGCAUGCGGAAGGAAUUUUGGAAGCGACGCACCCAAUGACAUUCUGCUCGGAUCAAUUCACGUCAUAUGGGUGUCACUACGGUGCGCUGAAUCGCGGAUGGCGUUUUGAUGCUGGCACUAGCAGAAAGUAACUUAUGGAAUUGGCAUUGCGCAGAAUAUGUUGAAGGGGCCCUGGUGGGGUCGUCUGGUCAGCACUGGUCUGGUACUCUGGUUGGUGAACGUUGGCAAUGCCAGUAUCAGGCUCUGUUGCAGGCACUAAGCUAAACAUUUCUGCCUAUUGUCAUUUAUGGAAAUUCUAGGAUCAACGGGAAGGCGUGGACGAAGAGUGGGUGCAGGUCUCGUAGCACAAGUGGGAUUUCCGACCCAGGUGCAGAAACGAACUUAUGAUCUUGAGACGGACUGCCAGUGUGCAUGCAUUUGCUGCCCUAAGUGCGCCGGCGAAAGUAGGGGGCCAAACCGAGGCUUUUACUGUUGCAUGCACAUCGACGCUUUCAGGGUGGGGCGGCAGCCGCAGGUGUUGCAUAGUGAGGUGGGUGUUUCCUUGGUGUUAUGAGGGUGUUGGGCGAGGGGUGUUGGCCAGCUGGUGUCAUCUGCAUCCAGGGCUCAGACUCUUAUGCGGUGGAUAGGGGCAGGGCUCGCCUCGCACCAUGACUGCGGCGUGGUGAGCCGCGUACGAGCACGGAGGGUUGCAAUGAUGGGCGUCUCGGUGUCUCCAACAACGUGAACACAUGCAUCUGUGCGAGUCCAGACGCACGCUGGCACACUUAAGCGCACUCUGGGAGAGGUAAUACGGUAAGUCGGGGCAGAUGUGUGGGGUGGGAUGUGGUAGUACGGCCGGGCAACAUGCCAUGGCCAACAAGUCAACGUUAGGAUAUCCCGCAGUUGCUCGCCAUCGGUUGACGAUGUUGUGAUUAGUAAUGGCCUGCGUAUCGUACCUGGUCAAGCGGUCCCCCGCACGGAAAUGAUGCGGUACCAUAGGCU